UAGGCUUGUCCCCCACUCUAACCAACAAUUCAUCAUGAAUAAUUCCAUAUUGUCCCGGUAAACUUUAACGCAUCAGGAGGUAACCCCAUGACUACACCCAACCCAGCCCUUGAGGUUGCACCCAAGAUGGCAGAACUCAGCGCCAAUGUCCUGUUUGGCGAUGUCUGGGAACGGCCCGAACUGUCCAAGCGCGACCGCAGCAUGAUCACCGUGGCUACGCUGGUCGCUCUCUACCGCACCGACCAACUAAGGGGCCAUAUUGGCCGUGCGCUGGAUAACGGCGUUACCAAGGAGGAAAUUGGGGAAAUUAUCACCCACAUGGCCUUCUACGCCGGCUGGCCCACUGCCGCCAACGCCGUAAGAGUAGCGAAAGAGGUAUUCGAUUCCCGUUAA